GAAGAAGACAAGGCCAAUGUGAACAAAAACACACGGAUUCAUCAAUAGAAACAAGGAAGCGAAAUUUCUCAAGCAUGGAUUUUAGCUGGUGUUUGAGCUCCCCAAUCAUUUCCACUCUUGUACACUUUCUUCUUGUUGCUUCUUUGGUUUGUCCUGUUUGUUCCUCCGAAAUUAGCAACACCCCAGUUGCCAAUAACACUUUUCGGCCACAGGAAGAGGUGAACAAGUUGAACAUCAUAAGAACUCGUCUUCAGCAGAUCAACAAGCCUUCUGUUAAGACAAUUCAGAGUCCUGAUGGUGAUAUAAUAGACUGUGUUGUAUCUCAUCAACAACCAGCUUUUGAUCAUCCUCUAUUGAAAGGACAAAGACCACUGGUAAUUGAUCCUCCAGAAAGACCCAAAGGGGUUAACCAAAUGGACUUAUUGAGUGAGAAUUUUCAGUUAUGGACCUUGUCAGGGGAAUCAUGUCCAGAAGGUACAAUUCCAAUUAGAAGAACAACAGAACAAGAUAUGUUGAGGGCUACUUCUGUUAGCAAAUUUGGGAGAAAAAUAAGAAGGCGUGUUAGAAGGGACACAAACAGCAAUGGACAUGAGCAUGCAGUUGGGUAUGUGAGUGGAGAUCAGUAUUAUGGAGCAAAGGCUAGCAUAAACGUGUGGGCACCCCGCGUGGCAAAUCAAUAUGAAUUCAGCCUGUCCCAAAUGUGGGUCAUCUCUGGUUCAUUUGGAGACGAUCUCAACACUAUUGAAGCUGGUUGGCAGGUCAGCCCGGAGCUUUAUGGGGACAGUUACCCCAGAUUCUUUACUUAUUGGACGAGUGAUGCAUAUCAAGCAACUGGGUGCUACAAUUUACUAUGCUCAGGCUUUGUUCAAACUAACAGUAGAAUUGCAAUUGGGGCUGCAAUCUCUCCAAUUUCUUCAUAUGCCGGUGGACAAUUUGAUAUUAGCUUGCUCAUCUGGAAGGAUCCAAAGCAUGGAAACUGGUGGCUUGAAUUUGGAUCCGGAAUCCUAGUUGGGUACUGGCCAUCAUUCCUGUUUACCCACUUAAGGGAUCAUGCAAGCAUGGUACAAUUUGGGGGAGAAACUGUGAAUUCAAGGGAAACGGGGUCUCACACUUCAACCCAAAUGGGUAGUGGACAUUUUGCAGGAGAAGGUUUUGGAAAAGCUUCUUACUUUCGGAAUAUGCAAGUUGUGGAUUGGGAUAACAACUUGGUGCCCUUAUCAAAUCUCCGGGUUCUAGCGGAUCACCCCAAUUGCUAUGACAUUCAAGGUGGGAUUAAUAAUGUUUGGGGGAAUUACUUUUACUAUGGUGGACCUGGAAGAAAUGUGAGAUGUCCCUAAGGGAAUGAUUUAUAUACAAGUGAUUUUAUUUUUUCUUUGGCAUUUUUGGGUUUGGGUGAUAUUGGUUUUCCUUCUCAAGGGCAUUCAAGGAGCUUGGGUCAUUUAUUCUUAUAUUUAAAUUAAAUUUCUUUGUUGAUCAGGGUUUUUU